UACCUCUCUGAACCAGAUAAAAAUACAACAUGUGAUUCCUGUAACUCAUCCCUUAAAAUGUGAAACCAUUCCACUGUCUCUAAAGACAACUAUUGAAACUGUGGACCUGAAUGACAUGCAAGUUUAUGAUGAUUCAGUUAAACUUCUCACAGACGUAUCAGCAACAAUAGAUAAAAAUGCUAAUGAACUGUCAGAAGAUGGUGGAAGUCAGGAUCAGUCUUCAGGAGGAUCAAGUAGCUCAUCGAGUAACAGUGAAAAUCAGUUAGAAAAGCAGCAGAAAGUUCAAGAAGAUAUGGAAAUAAUGGCAGAUAUAGUGCGAAUGGUGAUGAAAAAAACAGCUGUUGAACCAGGAAUAAGCAAGAAUAUAAGUCAGAAUGACCUUGUUAAUACUUAUAAAUUCCAAGACAUCCUCAGCAAUUUAAUUGGAGCUUACGUAGAUAAAAGAGAAGCAGUUACAGAGGAGGAUAAACAAAACAUUCAAGCAUUAGUCGAAAUGUACAAUAAAUGGGCUUUAGACAAAAUUCGACAAACAACAUAUGAAAGAGAUGUUAUUGAUGUAAUAGCCACCUCUGAUAACUUGGUCACAGCAUCCAGAAAAUCCAAUUAUAAGCAACUAAUGCAGUUAGUGGAUGAAGCAGAGCAUUAUUUUCAAUUCCCAGAUUCUAGUGAUUCUUGGGAUAAAGUAAAAGAAAAUUGGGAUGACCAUGAAGAUUACUUGAGUGUUCCUGUUGAUGUAUGUGGUAAUUUAGACAUGGGAAAAGAAGUUCAUCUACUGUUUACACAACAUAAAAACUAUCAUAAAAUUGCUCCUCUCCCAAAUAAGAUAACGGGUGCUGAUCCAUCACUGGUUUUACUUGAUAGUCGAAUACUAUCCUUCAGUGUUGACCCACCACACAGUGAUACAGCUUUACAAAAAUCACCUCUUAAAUGCCACCUGGAACAUAACUAUAAGAGACGUAGUACUGGAAGAAAAUUGCUGGCUGAUACAUAUCUCAUGAAAAAUGGAGAGAUACAAAAAAGAUACUGUGUGAGAUGGGAUGAAUAUUUAGAGAUUCCAGGGCAGUCAAGCAAAGGAGGUUGGACCAAUGAAGGCUGUUUUACAGUCAACAGUACAGCUGAGGCCACUGAAUGCCAUUGUACUAGGCCGGGUCAGUUUGCUGUCAUGGCAAAACUCCAUAAACCAUUUUCAAUACCAGCUGAGUCAGACUGGGUUAAGUUUCUUAAAUGGGUGCUUUAUGGUAUCUCAGGAGUUCUUCUUGUUGUUUAUAUAUUCACCAUUCUAUCUCGAAGAGGUUUACAAGAACAAUUCCACUUGAUCAGGCUGAACACAGCUUUGAUGGCAAUCGGAGCUCUUGCAUCAUUCUUUGCUAGUGAUUGGAAGAGAGAUGAUGAGGAGGCAUGUCGUCUACUCUCUGGAUUUAUCCACUUCUUCUACAUUGCUGUUGCUUCUUGGUUUGCUGUUGAGGCUCAUGCCCUGUUCUCUGCUAUUAUUAAUGGUUCAGUUGGUGGAAAGCUAAAAUGUUAUAUACCCAUAGGUUAUGGAAUACCUGGCGUGAUCUUAGGAGUUUCUAUAGGGAUCUAUCCUGAUUAUGGCUAUGAUUAUAGAUGCAUGGUUGGUCCAACUUCUGAAAUGAAAUGGCUUUUGAUUGGCCCCAUUUUAGCCCUUGGAGGGAUCACACUCAUCUGGUCCUUAAUUACUGUGUGUAACCUAAGUACCCCAGCUAUUAAAAAACAUGUAGUCGUCUUAGUUCUCAGUGCUGGUACUCGGGCCCUUUGUGUUGUCUGUUUCUUAUUUGUAGUAACUUGGAUAUUUGGUAUGUUGUCAUUUAUUGAUUUGGGCCUUGACUAUGAAAAGACUCCAGAUUUCACUCCUAUUUUCCAAAUCAUGAAUUCAUUGCUUGGAGUUUUUAUUGUAGUGAUAAUGGGCUUUGGAUCACCCCAUUUCCGUAGUGCUCUUUGUAGCCGAGGAAGAUCUGGUGGGGUAGUAAAGAGAAACCAGGUAGAUCCAUUUGAUAUGCAUGAUAAAGCCGAGAUCCCCAAAACUAGGAAAACAUUUGCAGCAUGAUGAUUACCAAAUCUCUUCGAUAACAGAUGAAAAUGGACCGUCCUUGGACUUUCUAGUGCCUUUUGUCAGCAGUUAAAAUUUUCUGAUUAAUUUGUGUGCCUUUUUUGUAUUUCUUUGUAAAGAAUACCUUUCCUAACUACUACAAACAUUUUGUCUUUGUUUUAUCUUUUUAAAUUACUUUAAAGAGUUUGAUAAAUAUAGGAAAUCCUAAAUUCUAAUAUUUAUUUACAUAUUUAUAAAUUUGGUUUUUAGUUAUUCUUUGUUGUACAAUUAAAUUUGAAAUAUGAUUUUCUUUUAGUACUUUUGUACUUUUAGAUUCAUCAUUAUUCUCUAUUUAAAUGCAUGUUUAUUUUUGUUGUAUCCUUCUGUUUGUUUAACAUUAUUCCUUUUUAUUUAAUGUUUAUUACUGGAACAUUCCUGUGGUACUGGAAAGGUAUUCUCCUUUCAUAAUGUCAUUUUAAAGUUUUUCUUCUAUACCAAACCAAAUAUUUCUUAGAAUAAUGAUGAACAAAAAUAUUCAUAAAAUAGUAGUCCAUUACUUGAAAUACUUAGUAAAAUAACUUUUGGUAAUUUUCAAGCAAUCAUGCAAAUUCUAUUUGACUGGUAGUUGUGUAUGAUUACUGAAAUGUUGUAAAUUUUCUUUUUAUUUAAGUAUGAUACUUUUAAAUAUGACAUUAUAGGUAACACUAACCAUACAAUUUUAAAUUAUUUUCUGUGGUGAAAAUGAAUGCUUUAUUAGUUUUGGUAUAGAAGAACAGCUUUGAAUUUCAUAUUUCCUGAUUACUUUGGUUUGGAUUGUUUGGUUCAAUAAAUGUGUGUGAACAAGCAAUACAGUGACUUCUUGUAACUUUAUUAAUUUUCUUUAAAGAUUGUAUUGUUAAUUUUGAAUAAAAAGUUU